AUGCUGCAUCCCCAGAUUGCUCCGUCGGCCAACGUUGACAUUGAUAUCGACCGCCGAGACACCAGAGACCACGUGGACAUUGACUACGACCGACGUCAAACCUACGACAAGAGCUACGAAUCGCAACUAGACAUUACCGAACGAGACUACCGCCGACGCGUCUCCCCCACCUACGACGCUGAGUACGAACGUCGUCGUCCAGAAGCAGAGGUUACCAUCCAGAAGGAACAGAUCAAAGUCGAUCAACCGAUCAGAAGAGACAUGGGCUACUACGACGACGAGGGCAACUACCACAGCUUCCGCCGUGGAGUGGAGCGGGCUGCGGAUCACAUCCUCCAUCCUUUCUCCCAUCACCACGAUCGUGCACGGGAUGAGGUGGUCAUCAGCGAGCGAGAGACUACAGGCCCAACCCGCGUACAGGAUGGCAGAGUUGAACAAAUCCGCUACGUCGAGCCUCGCUUUGGCCAACGUGGAGUCCCUAUCCAAUGCCACUUUAUCCGCAUUGGUGACAUUCUUUUGCUUCAGGGACGGCCUUCCCAGGUCAUUCGUAUCAGCACGUCUUCCCAGACCGGUCAAUACAGGUACUUGGGUGUGGAUCUGUUCACACGUCAGCUGCAUGAGGAAAGCUCUUUCGUGAGCAACCCACAGCCCAGUGUGAUCGUACAGACCAUGCUCGGCCCGGUCUUCAAGCAAUACCGUGUCUUGGACAUCCAUGACGACGGCUCGAUCGUCUGCAUGACUGAGACCGGAGACGUCAAGCAUGGCUUGUCUGUUGUCGACCAGGGCGGUCUCUUCAAGAGAAUUGAGCGGGCCUUUUCCGAUGGUCGCGGCAGUGUGCGUGUCUUGGUCAUAAACGAUGGUGGUCGCGAGUUGAUUGUUGAUCUGAAGAUCAUCCAUGGUUCGAGAUUGUAA